GCGAUCGCUUUAAAAAAAAGUAGGUCCUUAAUGGAAACAAUUCCCCCCCCCCCCGCUACUACUUCCGGUCUCAGAAGGAAAACAAUGAAGCUGCGUUGGUGACAUUGGAAGCUGAUUCUUUGAGGCCGGCGGAUAAAGUUCGACCCCGGCCUUGCUCCGGGUCAGAUUGGAAAAGACGUGUAUUGCUUCCUGGCGCUUCCCUGCCUCCCUUUCCAGGCUGCAAAGAUGGCGGGCCCCAAGAAGUGCCCAGACUGCGGCUCCCUGGACAUCGUGGAGGACUCUCACUACUCUCAGAACCAGCUGGUGUGCGCAGACUGUGGCUUCAUUCUCACCGAAGGGCUCCUCACCACCACCUUCUCCGAGGAGCAGCAUCUGCAAGAAGUGACUUACUCACGCAGCACUGGUGAGAACGAGCAGUUGAGCCGCUGUCUGCAGCGAGGGAUCAAACGUGUUCGGGAUCUCUGCAAAGUUCUUCAUCUUCCUUCUCUGUUUGAAGAGACAGCUGUGAGUUAUUACCAACAGGCCAUCAAGCACCCCUGCUUCAGCUUGGUCCACUUAGAGAAGAAGGAGAUUAUUGUGGGCUGCUGUGUCUUUGUCACCUGCCGGCAACACAACUGGCCCCUGACUAUGGGCACAGUCUGCUUGUUACUCUAUGCCGAUAAAGAGGUGUUUGCUGGGGUCUACAUGCAGUUUUUGAAGGAAAUGUCAUUGGAUGUUCCUUCCCUGAGCUUGAUAGAUUUAGUGAAGGCACAUCUCAACAGUUUCAAGCUUUUUCAGCAGUCAUCUGACAUCCCACCCAAAUUUGUUGAAGACAAAGAGCAGUUGGUGGAGAGGACUAUUCAGAUAGUGGAGCUUUCCAGUGAAACAUGGCUGGUGACUGGCCGGCGUCCCAUCCCCAUUGUGAUGGCAGCAGCCUUCCUGGCAUGGCAAUCUCUGAGACCUCUUGAUCGCUUCCGUUGCACUCUUUCUGAGUUCUGCAAACUCGCAGGCACAGAUGUGCCACCGCCAGCUCACCGGAGGCUGAGAGAGCUGCAUAACAUCUUUCUCCAGAUGGCUUCUCAUUUGGCCUGGCUCCAAGUGCUCAAAGUGAAUAAGAGGACUGUGGCAAAGUAUGUUGAUGACCUCCUGAAGCAUCGUCAUGUGCUUUUGCAGACUGUUUUUUCCAGAAUGGAUAGCACUGAAGGUUGUAAUCUAGAGGGCUCAGCACCAGAGGUACCACAGCAGCUUAUAAAAGGAAGCUCUGUAAUGAUGGGGAAAAAAUCCCUUCUAGGAGGGGGGCAGAAAGGUGGCCGUAAGCGGGUGCCUUUGCUCCCACCUUGCAUGCUGAAUCCCAAGAAGUUGUUGAAGUCUCCUGAUCUGCGCCCUGAGGACUCUGCUAUCACCGGGGAUGAGCCAAUUUCAGAUAGCGAGUUAGAACAAUACAUCCGAACGUCAGAAGAAGAGGAGGUAUUUAGGGAGGCUCAGAGAGCCUUAAAUCACUGUAGCCACAAAUGAUUCUGGGAAUGUACAAACGGCAGUUGGUGUUGGUUCAUCCGAGAGCGAUUUCUUUUUAUUUUAGGGGCUCUUCUCUUAUGGUUCAAAUAGCACUUUUCUCUUGCACCCACAUCAAAAAGGGCAUCUAUGAAAUAAAAGAACUUCAUAUCCCAGUUAAUAAAGCCUUUCCUUUAAAAAGUCUUUUUAUACUUAUCUGCCCCCCAGCUUUUCUUCCUUGUCCUCUAUAAUAGCAUAAUGGUGAAGAAAGGCUGGAGACAAAUACAGACCUUCUUGACUUGUUUGUUGCAUUUCACGUGUGGAUAUUAUUGGUUCUGAAUGAAGUUUGUUGAAACUCUG